GAGUUGGAAAUAAUUUGAUCUUUUGAGGGACUGAGAUCUAUUUUUGAUACUCAACUGGUUAGUAUAUGAUAUGCAGUUAAGCAAAUUGCAAGUGAAAGCCUUCAGCUGUAAACCCUUCAGGAAUUCAAUUAUGGGGAGAGAACUUUGCAUUGCUGAGGUUAAAGUUCAAGACGAGAAGUCUUUGGUUGUUGCCACUAGCCAUCUCGAGAGUCCCUGCCCGCGCCCUCCUACGUGGGAUCAGAUGUUUAGCAAAGAACGUGUGGAACAGGCAAGGGAGGCUAUCAACCUUCUGGAGAAGAAUCAAAACGUGAUCUUUUGUGGUGAUAUGAACUGGGAUGACAAGCUGGAUGGUCGAUUUCCUUUCCCUGAGGGAUGGGUUGAUGCCUGGACAGAGUUAAGGCCGGGGGAGAAUGGGUGGACGUAUGAUACUAAGUCCAACCAGAUGUUGACUGGUAAUCACCCAUUGCAGAAGCGGCUAGAUCGAUUUAUUUGCAAUUUGCGUGAUUUUAAGAUUAGUAGAAUUGACAUGAUUGGAAUGGAGGCAAUACCAGGUCUCUCAUAUUGCAAAGAGAAGAAAGUGAAGAGAGAGAUAAGGAAGUUGGAGCUUCCUGUUUUGCCUAGUGAUCAUUAUGGCUUGCUUUUGACAAUCACUAGUCAGUAAUGUUGGUUAUGAUAAUGGUUGAAUGGAAGACUGAUGAAGUAGUGGUCAUUUUCUGGGCAGUGUUUGUAUGCAUAUAUGAUAUGCAAUUUCGUAAAUGAUGUGCAACAUGUUAUGUUUCAUAUUUUGGUGAAGUUUUGUGGAUGAUGAAGGCAAUGUUUAGAUAUGAAAUGCUAAGAGUACUUGUUAUCAUGAAGAUCAAUUUUAUGGAUUUUCCAGAAGCCUUGUUCUA